AUGCUGAACUAUUGUUUGCCGGAACGAGUGCUGUUUUCCAUGCCCAAUUUAAAGUGGCGCAACCAAAGAGGUAACCAGUCGGUUGCAAUAAAGCUUUUACAGUUGGUCACAAACUGGGCGCUGUUGUGUGACCCUCUUUCUCCAUCAAAUUUCAUCACUUGGCCAGCGUUCAGUUCAAAGACUUCACAAUUCUCACCUUCUCCGGUGAUCGCCCCUGAUUCAGCACGCGUCUUUCGUCAUUUUUAUUUCGCUUCUUCAUGGCUGUCCAAUUUUGAACCCUUUCUGAUUAACGUACCUGGCGAAGUCAGCAAUGGUUCACUUGCAACGGCAGCAACGCCUCUGACGAAUCCCCUCCGGCCGGGUAUUUUAGCUUCUUUCUGGUUCCAGCCUCCAUAUACAACCAAUUUUAAGGCUACUCCUUCCGUUGGUGACUUGGAUUUUGUUAAUAUGGCUGAACUUGGUGAGCUGAUACAUCUUUUCACUCUGGAGUCAGUUUCCACUUGUCAACUCCAUUUCUCACAAAACAUUGGAUUGUGUUCUCCAGACUGGGCGUUUCAGGUGUGGUUUUGUGUGCCGUACUCAACGUUCUGUCUGCGUGUGAGUCACAGAGUGUGUUCAUCCGACACCGCUUCGACAUCUGACGAUGCAUCGUGUUUAGUCCGUGAAUGGAGCACCUGGCUUCCCUUCUCAUGCGACGGAAGCACCGAAAUCCCUCUCUGGCAUCAUGUACUUUUCCAAAUUUCUCAGAAAACUGAGAGUUCUAUUAAAGUUGCAAUAAAGCUUUUACAGUUGGUCACAAACUGGGCGCUGUUGUGUGACCCUCUUUCUCCAUCAAAUUUCAUCACUUGGCCAGCGUUCAGUUCAAAGACUUCACAAUUCUCACCUUCUCCGGUGAUCGCCCCUGAUUCAGCACGCGUCUUUCGUCAUUUUUAUUUCGCUUCUUCAUGGCUGUCCAAUUUUGAACCCUUUCUGAUUAACGUACCUGGCGAAGUCAGCAAUGGUUCACUUGCAACGGCAGCAACGCCUCUGACGAAUCCCCUCCGGCCGGGUAUUUUAGCUUCUUUCUGGUUCCAGCCUCCAUAUACAACCAAUUUUAAGGCUACUCCUUCCGUUGGUGACUUGGAUUUUGUUAAUAUGGCUGAACUUGGUGAGCUGAUACAUCUUUUCACUCUGGAGUCAGUUUCCACUUGUCAACUCCAUUUCUCACAAAACAUUGGAUUGUGUUCUCCAGACUGGGCGUUUCAGGUGUGGUUUUGUGUGCCGUACUCAACGUUCUGUCUGCGUGUGAGUCACAGAGUGUGUUCAUCCGACACCGCUUCGACAUCUGACGAUGCAUCGUGUUUAGUCCGUGAAUGGAGCACCUGGCUUCCCUUCUCAUGCGACGGAAGCACCGAAAUCCCUCUCUGGCAUCAUGUACUUUUCCAAAUUUCUCAGAAAACUGAGAGUUCUAUUAAAAAUGUGCACUCAACGCCAUGUACCACACAUAAAAGUGUCGUAAGCACGCAGAGGGCCCACAUUGGCAAGCAAACACAAUUCACCGACUAUGACCUUAGGAAGUUCCAGUCCAUCACUCCAAGUCCAUCCGAGAUUAUGAUUACGUCUAAUACAGUCGCUCGGCGAUCUCGAACAGCGAUCUGGUCAGGUUUGAUGCAGGACUUCGAAUUGACGGAGACGUUUUGCGAGUUCCUUCGCAACCCAAUUAUGACGAGCACAUCUGGCGUCAUGCAUGAUCCAGCAGGACUGCAAAAUAUGCACCAAACUCUCCGGUUGGCCACAGUUUCCUCGACAGAGGAUCGUCCGGCCACCAUGACCAUGUCGAGCGCUUCUAACUCUCGUCCUGAGCAGAAAUACCAUCGACCAGAGAGAGGCAAAGCGACCAAUUCCCGUAAACCGCUACCAUCAACGCUUUUGUACAGACUGUCACCCCAAGCAGUCACCAGCUCUUCCUUGGUGUUUACGAAUGCAUCUUGGACUCGGAUGAGAAGGGCGGGAACAAUCAGUGCAGGCCAAGUUAGCGACCAUAUUCUUACCAACAAUUUCAUUGUCGUGAACUCGAUUGUGCGCUACCAAGCCAGCUUUCGAUUUGCAGCACUUGCCACAUUCCUCACAUGUGAACCCAACGAGUCUCUCCUGUGUACUGUAACCAGCACAUUGAAACCAAACAGCGCGGUAUACCUGAUCUUUGAUGGUUGCUUCGAACAUUCCACUGAUGUUUUAUCAUGCCAGUCUAAGAAAUAUCCCGUAGUUAAGUUGGAAACAGCCAUCCCCUCGACUCAUCCAUCUACUGGCAGCUUUUUCCACUUUGGGCAUAAUUCUGGCCACCCUUUCCAACCCCACAAAGUCGCCAUCGGGUGUAUAUUGUUCUUCGAAGAAAAAGAAGAUGUGUUUCAGAGCCCAAUCUUUGAUGCGCACCAGCUCGGUCUUAUCCUUACGCUUUUGGGACCAGAUUGGAACGGUCACUUCGAUUCAUUGGAGUGUGGGGAUCGGUACAGCAACAUGGCUUGGUGCAUUCUUCGCAGUUUGGUACGCCGUCUAUUCCAUGAGAAUGUUGGGGAAAACAGGGCUGGGGCCUUUUUCUUCGAGGCAUGCAACCUAAUUUCAUCGAGGAGGUGGUUUCAUCCCGCCCGACUACUUGCACAGAGUUCCUUGUUCCUUAUUGUUCUUACUGAGCCUCCUCUCCGAGUGUUGUUCCGACCACGAGAACAACUUCCAACGGAAUCUUCGGAAAAUCUUGGACCUCCCAGUCCAACCUCUGACUCCGACCAGACAGAAAUAUGGAGUCAUUUAUUCAAUUUAGGUUCUAAGUCACCCAAAUGGUUAUGCGAGUUAGCUCACGUGUUUCUGAUGUAUCAUCCGAUUUCGGGAGCCCCCGAAGAAACUUCUCAACGAACCGGCUUACCUGCCAUUGGUAAAAGUGGUGAUCAAGCUCCAAUCGCACCUAUUGAUAUAAUAUCCCAACGAAAAAUAAAUAUCGAUCAUGCGUUUGACCCACAUGGUGGACUCGACGUCGUUUUGUACCUGUUAGGUCAGGCUGUGUCCAAUGAGGCAGAUCUUCUAAACAAUGCUACUGACUUGCAGGCCAACUUACUCGGUCUGCUGUUCUCUCUUUUGAAUGGAUCGGCGUCGAUGUCUGCUUACUUCGGUGCGCCAGCCCUUUCUGACCCUGGAACGGAGCGCUUCAUGACAAAACGGCGCAGACGUGUUGCCUACCGUCAAGCUGUUCAGCCACUUAGUGUCGGUGAUUGUUUCUUCGCCAGGUUGAUCAAACAUCCCAAGUUCAGUGCGACAUCUCCCCAAGUUAUGGAGGUUAUGAUGAACGGACGGUUGAGACUUAUCCAUGACGCUAUCCUACCAAUGCUUACGUGUUUUCAAUCACCGACAGGAGGAAAGCCGACAUUCCGGUCUGGCAACCGUUUGGUUGUCAGGACCUAUCGCCCCGGGCACCGGAGAUGGCUUUUGGAGUCGUCCUCAAAAGAAUCGGUCAGCGUCCAAGUGGGAUCAUUGAUAUGGAAACGACAUGUCAUUCAAUCAUGGCCGACUGAGUGCCAGAUCCCAAAGGCGGAAGAACAGUUACUAGACUUCAACCUGCUGCUUAAAACCUUUGAUUUUCCAAGAAGAGCACUAAAAGCCACCACUUCAGAUGAGACGUCCAAGACGGAUCCAUUACUGCAACCGAGACGCCGUACCGGUCGCACCAGAAGACUAGUAGAACCUUUUGAGCUUGACCCACGCCGAAAACUUUACGUUGAACGACCAAAAGCGGGAGGUAUCGGGAAGGUCAGAUUCCUGAGAGGAACCUCAGAACGCCCGGAACCUACUGCUCCACCAAAAUCUCAACAGAAAAGCCGGCAAGCAUCCAGGCCAGUGCUUUUGAAUCAGCUUUUUGCCUUCAAAGAGCAAUCCACCAUUGAAACAGCUCAAGGGACACUGGUAGCCAGUCCACCUGCCUUACUUAUUAACCCCGGUCUCUUACGAUGCUUCAUAGCCUUUGGAGUUCAAGCGUUCUGGUGUCAAAUUAGUUGUUUCGGUGAACAACGCCGCGUCAUACGCCCUGAGGAUCUUCAGAAACAUCUCAUUCCUCGAGCUGUUGGCCUCAUGUACCUUACGCUUUCCGCUUCAUCAACCACUUGUUCGUCGUUGACAGCUUACCUUAUUGAUCGCUGGCAAUUGCUCCCGGUGGCUUUUUCCGCAUUCCGCGAGACAUUUCUACUAAGUCGAGUCAAAUGUCCCCUUCCGCUGGAUACGCUUGCCGUGAUUUUGACGCCGUUACUUAUUUUAUCUGUUCGGCGGCUCAUUUGGUAUGAUUCCAAUGAACAGUCGUCUGCAGAAUGUGGAGGAGUUUGGUCGGAAGAUACUGAAUUGCGGGCGCUCUUCGACGGACUUUGUCGAUUGGUCAUUGCACUGGAUGCCGAUAUGUUCCUUGUUGCUGCCGAACAUGUGUUUUCCACAAUAAAUGAUCAAUCUCCAUCGUAUGGUAGUAUACCUUCCGAGAUCGAUAUUCUUGACUCCACUUGGAUUUCGUGGCACAAACGUACUGCUUGUUGUAUUCGACCGGAACGGUGGCUCAUCUGGAUGCGCGGCGCAACUGAAACCAAUGUCCAAAGCAAUCCUCGUUUAUCACCGGUACUCACUCGGCGAAGUUUUUUUGAACGAUCUGAACAACAAAAUACAGCAUCAACCGGGACUUUUGUUCCUGAAACUGAUACCCCUAACUUCCAAAAGCAUUUGAAGAGUCACGCUUCUGAUCUGGUGAACUCGACUUCUCCUUCCGAAGAAGAACCCACUGCCACGGAACUAGAGGCGAUAACACGAUAUGUAGAUGCUUUGGAUAGUGAAACUGAACGUACUCAUUCAAUGCAGCCCAAAUUAGAAGGUGAUUACAUUGAAAUAAAACCCCCAACAAGAAGCGAUUUGGGUUCGAUGGAACAAUUAGCUCUUCGGACACCUAACGAAGAAACCCAACCUUCGAAAGAACCAUUGGUUAUAUCCCCAAAUCCAUUGGAUAUUAUUACUGGACCUCCGUGUAAAGACCAGCUGGACGCGAUCCUGGGACAUCUCUUGGAGCCCUCAAUGCUUGGUCAUCACAGUUCAACUCGCUCUGUUUCUGAUCAUCCGCUUACCUCUGAUUCCUCCAAAGAACACUUAUCAACGCAGCCAGGUUCUCUGUCACCUCAGGAUGGAGCCGCGUCAGAGAGUGAACGGAACCAGAUGUUGGCUUUCGCAAUCGUCUGUACCUUAGACCACAUCUGGUCGUCGUUACUAGAUGCACCUUAUGGAACUGAAGCUAGGCGUAGCAGCAGAACGGAUCCCACGCUGUUUGGGUGGCUAGCAGAAGAACUGGCUUCAACGGUCCAGAUAUCAGUUGAUCAGUCUAUUCAACGUCUAUGCUCCAUACUUCGCCCUCCUCUUUGGCUAGUCCACAGUCUACUAGGGCAUCCUUGUGUGCAUAUACGCGAAGCAGGCAUGAACGCCUAUCGUGUUUGGCUGAAGCACAGCAGACGGCCGUCCCCACCCCAGUUGAACGACCUGUUAGUCGCUCGGCUGUUGAACUUCUCUCCCUCGUUCCAAGCGGUGGAUCUGAAAUUUGAAACUCGCUCAUCCUAUAGGUACCGCCACUUAUGUUCACCGACACUCCUCGAUCGAGCUUUUGCUAUGGUGUUUGACGGUAUUGUUUCAUCUGACAAUCGAAACAGUUCUCAUUCCAAAACAAGAGGGAUGCGCAACACAAACCAAACCCUACUGGACUAUCUUUGUAGGUCGGACCUGAGUAAGCUGGCCGUAUCACCAGACCAAGUGCCCCAGGAAGUAAAAGAACAAGAAUCAGAUCCUGUUACCCAUUACGUUUCUUCAAACACGCCACCCACCGUCACGCACCUGAAGCUUCCUCUCACCUUCUUACUCGCCAUCAUCUUGGGGGGUUUCGCAGACGCCGUGAUGAGCAUCAGUGUAGAAUCCAUCGGGUCGGACCCGGUGGUGACAACCACUGAGAUCAAAUUGUGCGCUGAUGCAGUAACUGCACUCACAAACUUGCUUCAGUUUGAAAGCUCUUGCCUCAUGCCGAGCGCCCUCAGAGCUGGUUUGCUACCUGUUCUGUAUAAUUUGGCCUGCAUCCUCGAAACAGGGGUUCAGAAACAGGACAUGUCAUUUGAAAAGCAUCAUGGGCGUCCUUUUGUGCUACUGACUCCUAUACUCGGUGGUUUAUGUCGUCUUUUGGCCCGUGUCAUCCGAUGGAUCCUCCUUGACGCUACGAUACCUCCCGUGUACGUGGACUGCUCACGCGAAUUGCGUUUCAAGCUUGUGACUGAUUUUAUUCACCGUCUAUUCACUAUAUAUCCUGGCGAGAAGGAAAUUUCUCCAUUACAAGCUCCGAUUUUCAACCCUGGACCCGUAAGCUGCUGUCUGGUUCGAAGAACAUUUUAUAGUUUGUUGGACAUCCUUAUCCAGCAACUUGAUAGUGCCGGACGUGAUUCCAUGCAAACAAUGGAGGAGAGAUUUGGAGAAAUCCGAGGGUCUGGUGCAAUUAAACGGUUAUUCGAGCAACUCGAGUGGACUGUCAACAAUGCCGUGUGCAUGCUCACCUGUCCAGGUGUUUUAGAGCACCAAAUCCCAGCAAGUCUCACGUCCACCCACAAAGACUUCCGUGCUGACACUGAUCAGGUGCGUUUUACAUUUGACAAUGCUUGUUCGGAUGUGUCGACCCGAGCCAACGACAGUACUAUUGAGGUACCUCAUCUCAUCAACCCGGAUUACGCUCUGUCAGAUGCUGAACAUACUGAAAACCAACCGGGUGCUUGUUACAAUCUCCAAUCGAGCAACACACGGGAAAAUCUACAGAGAAGUUUAGACCAAGCCUUAGUCACUGCUCUCUUCACUAGUGCGCUGAACAUUCAGAAUGGCUCACUGUUUCACUUUUCACACACCCAACCCAACUGCUUAUCGGCAACGGAUUGCUUGACCAUGUUUUGCAAGGCGCUUGGGCGUAUGUUGGUCACCAAAACUCAACCACCCUUUGUCAACGUUGCUUUGGACCCAACGGUGAACUAUCUUUUGAGACUUUUCAAUGAGGAACCAAUGCUGUUACGCAGCUGCUUGAAUAGUCUGCCCCGCUCGUUCUCACUAGUAUUUUGGGGCAACUUAGCGGAGCUUGUAUCUUGGUUGGACACGUUCGUUUCCUCAGAAUCUGAUUGGCAUUCGCUUCCAGACAAAACAACCAUAGCCUCACCUGCUGCAUCGUCUACUCACUCGUCUUCUGUCUCUUGUCAGCCUGUGAACUUCUCUGACAAACUUGCCCAACGACAAUUGGAACAGUUGUCACGCACAGUCCAGUCACUCAUUGCCGUUCAGGUGCAUAUCUCACCUUUCCUACAGACUACGGGACAGUCCUCAGAACUCACUUCUUCGCCUGCUAUGAUUGAUAAACAUCGUGGUUUGCUGAUCUCAGCGCAAGCUAAGGCACACGCUCAGUGGUCCGCCUCUAUGCUACUCAGCUCGGAUGUAUCGGCAGCUAACAACGUUCCCCAAGCAAAGAACAAGUCGAAAGAGCAAUUACCUACAUUCGUCAACUUACUCUUACAAUCGUUCGGUUCCGGUCUAAGUCCCCCAAUGGAGUCAAUAGGUACUAUUUUGAAGAGCCACUCCGUUUCUUCUCCAACUGAAAAAUUUAGUCGACGGAUUUCAACCGCUCGCCUCGCCAGUCAAGCCCACCGUCGAUGCAUCGAAGGUCACAGAGCUUGGAAAGAAGCGUUUGGUGAACGGUUGCGAAUUGCGGGACCAUUAAGUACAUUGCUGUGGGCUCGUCUCGCAGAUCGUCUAGAUCAUCCCAGUGGUAUUUUCUACGAUCCGGAUUCAGCACCCUGUGUUCGGUGUGUCGAUCCCCUUGAAGGACCGAUGCGCCAACGCAGGAGAAUGUUCUACAUGCAUCUUCCGUUGGCUGAUCGAUUGGUCCACUCAGAAAAGCAACAUAUUUUAGCACAUCAACGCCUUCCGCACCCCUUGGCUUCUCUCAUUGGCCUACCGUCCCGCAUUCCAAAACCACCAACCGGAGCUGCUUGUCAAUGGACGCACUUACCGCUCUUUCUACCUCUUCCCGCGACGCCAUUGGUCCAGCUGGCGUCGGCUAGUCGGCAUGACGCUCUGGGCGUUUGGGCAUGUCGCCUGGUUGGCCUUGUGCAUAUUCCACCGGUGGAGGGUGAUUUGAUUUUAGGCGACUCAUGGCUUCGUUUCCAGCCCGAUUCAUCUGAGUUUGUGACGGCAACGGCUGAGGAGGAUUCGCUUUUCCGUGUAAAUCCGGUGGCUCGUUUGUGGUUAGCCUGGCCAUUAUCUUCCAUUGAUCACAUCGAAAAGCGCCGAUAUGCUCUGCGCAAUUUGGCUGUUGAAAUUUUUCCCGAUGGAACCAGCGUUAACGCACCCGCACUCUUCGCUAUGCGUUCCAAUAAAGACCGUAAUCAUUUCAUUCAUGCAUUGCGGGAGCAAAUGAAGACGAAGGCAGUACGAAGACGGUUUCUUUCCACGACAUCCGAGGAACACCCAGCUGGGGACGAGUCAAACGUUGAUCAUGGACACCACCGCUUACGUGCCGUUCAACGCCGUUGGUUGAAAGGACAGAUAUCCAACUUCGCCUAUUUGAUGGAAUUAAAUGAUCUAGCUGGCCGAACCUACAAUGAUUUGAUGCAGUAUCCAAUAUUUCCAUGGGUUAUACAAGACUACGAAAGUGCGGUUUUGGACCUGGGACAUCCUAAUACCUAUCGGAAGUUUGAUCGGCCAAUAGCUGUUCAGUUGGACGAGCGCGCUGCAGCAGUAUCAAAGCACUAUGACGAUGCGGAACAAUUUGCUGAAACCCUACUGUCUGAAUUCAGUGGUUCAGUGGAGAAGCUGUCGAUCAGAGGAACACGCCUUUCGCCGAAAUUCGCCGGUCUUAUCUAUCCUCCGUACCAUUAUCCCUCACACUGUUCGAACGAGGCGAUCGUUCUCAGUUUCAUGGUUCGAUUACUGCCCUACACGUAUCGCCAUCUUCGCUUCCAAGACAACAAUUACGACGUGCCUGACCGUUUGUUUCAUUCGAUUGAGGCCACCUGGCGCCUGGCUACCACAACCGUCACCUGUGUGAAGGAACUACUGCCGGAAUUCUACUUCGUUCCUGAGCUAUUUGUUAAUGACACGGGCUUGGCGUUGGGUUCUCGUCAAAAUGGGAGCUCAGUAGAUUCUGUACAGCUUCCUCCGUGGUCUAAGGGGAAUCCUCGCCUCUUCACACUAAUCUGUCGAGCAGCACUCGAAAGUGACUACACAACGAGUCAGAUAUCACACUGGGUUGACCUUAUAUUCGGGUACAAACAAACCGGGAAACGAGCCAAAGAAGCACUCAAUUUAUAUCAUCCCUAUACCUAUUUUGGUGCAAUUGAUGUGGAUCAAAUCCAGGAUCCAAUACGAGCGCAAGCAGUGGAAGCGAUGAUAAGCAAUUAUGGACAAACUCCGAAGCAGCUGUUUAAACGUCACCCGCACCCAAGUCGGUUCACUCUAGGGAUGAUGCACGCUGAUCAGAUCAUCACUUCGCCCACUGUAGAGUGUGACCCAUGUACAUCUAUUGAGUGCCACCAGCACCCUAUCGGCAGGGAGCGUUUUGAGAACAUGGCCCAUGGAAAUGGGGACGAUUUGGAUAGAUCAGCUGACGCAGAAUAUCUUCAAAAGUCAUCAAAGCCUUUCGAGAUCACGCCUCUGGAAACCGUUAUUGGUUUGCGAUGGGGGAAAUGGGCAGGAAGUCCACAAUCACCCAAGCUCCAAGUUAUAUGGAAAGUUAAUGCCAGCCAAUUUCAAAAUCCCAAUCAGGCAACGAGGUUCGGCCACUUCCACACAGAGCCUUCAAUUAGUCAUUUGUGUGCCGCUGUCUGGUCCGAAGCAUGUUCUUGCACAUCUGCGAUGUUUGAUAACACUGAUUCACCCACCGAACUGCUGUACACUUUGAAGACACUGAGAGAAGCCUGGGGUGGUUUCGUGCAGACCACACACUCACCGAUUAAUGAAACCUUUCAAUCUGCCACGCAUGAUAUCCAUGAAUAUUCGCCAAUGGAGGGACAAGAGGCGAGGCUUCACUGGCGAUGGUCUAUUCUCGGAUGUGAACGACUUGCACGUAUUUGGCUUACAUCAAGAAUAACAAACGACGGCGCGCGCUUGUUCUUGGUGAAGUUGUUCUGUUCUCCAGUGGAUCAACAUACACUUCAUUUACGAGUCAAGGAUCUUCUAACUUCUGAAAGCUCCGGUGAAAACGUGAUAUUGACUCUUCCUGCUGUAAAUCCAAGUACGAAGAUCACUGCGUUAGCCGUGUCACAGGCCUCUCGAACACGAAUGCAAUUGUAUGUCGGAACGUCCAAUGGGUCGGUGUAUGUCCGGCGAUGCCCUAUGGAGCUUUCGGAGAUUUCCAACAACGGUUGGUUCCCUAAGGAUUUCGCCGAAAGUUUGGCAAACGACUUCCAAAAAACCGGUAUCAACUUGUUUGGCGAUGCAUCUCACCCGCGCACCAGCAGUCAACAAACAACGUCUGGACAUGCUACCCAAACUUGCAACGAAGCUGGUUUGUGGGAAGUGACCGGGUGGCGCCAGCUCACUGGACAUGCGGGCAAAGAAAUUACAACUUUGGCUGCAUGUCAACAAUAUGGUUUGUUGGCUAGUGGGGACAACGAGGGCGGACUAUGUCUAUGGGACACGCAUAGACUAACUUUACUUUGUCGUUUGAAUACUUUCGGAAAUUCUGAAUUGUACCUGCCUGAAACACACGUCCGUGAUAUCCUACUGGGUGGACAGGAUAACGAUGAAGGCUGCAGUGAUGUUCAUUUGGGUCGAUCACCACCAGGAUAUCAAUUAGGAACAGCGACUGAGAAAGAUGGUGAGCAUUAUGCGCAUCGCUGUGCCUAUAGCCAAAUUGAUGGAUUGUGCUUCAGCCCUACAUCAGGUGAUUUGGCCGUAUCUUGCUGGAGUGAAGCUGGUUUGCACGCUUGUUGGAUUGGAGUGUACAGUGCAUCUGGAACCCAGGUCGUCACACGACUUCUCGAUUUUAUGGCAGAAAUCACUGAUGAAGAACCCCGAAGAGAACCUAUGCUUAGUCAGAAUAGCAGCACUAGGCCUUCUAUCCCCAUGGCAUAUUCCACAGUCAGCGAAGGACAUGGUGUCAACUGCCUACUUUUGGGUGGUACGUGUGGUCGACUAGUCUGGUUGAACAGCUGGACGUUGGACACUGUUCGUACGAUGCUCCUUCCCCAAGCAGCUGGCUCGCCUUGUUCCCAAAUCACGGCGCUGUCCUUCGUCCCAGCCAUAAAUCCCAUUCACGAAACUGGCUUGCAACAUGUUGGGGAAAUCCUUUGUCAAGGUGUCUGUGUUUCCGACCAACAAGGAUGGGUAUAUUACCUCGCACCGACUGUCAAAAACCAAAGGGCGUAUCAAUUGUGUACAUGCUCAGAACCGGAUGUAUUAUAUUGUGGAUCUCAGCGGUCAGGUCCCCAAAAUUUAACCAGUCCCGGAAUAUGGUUAGACUGAGUGAUUUCGUACACUUUGCUAACGACUGUGAUAUUAUUGACUCUUGUACCAGUCGUUUAAACCCCUUCAUGUUAACUUUCUUAUCUUACAACUUACGAACCUGUUGAUAACCUUCAGAUGUUUUUUCAUGCACCAUAUCCAGAA